AAUUUUAUAUAUUUCAUUGAAAGCAUCACAUUAAAAAAUUAUUCAUUUUGAGGAAAUAAUGUGACGUUCAGACAUUCCACACUUUACAGAUUACUUUUUUACAUUAUAAAAUCACUGUUUUGCAUGUUAUGGCAACAACUUUAUUAAUCAUUUUUAUUUCAUAUUUAUAAUGUUGAUAGAUCGAAAUAGGUACAUAACCAUUCCAAUUGACUGAUUAUUCGUAAUUAUAAUUUGUUUUGUCUUUGCUCAUGCACAACCUUGUUUAAAAAUUAAUUUUUACAUAAUAGACUUCUUUCGCUCAACCAUAAACUAUUUAUUUUUAAGGUAAAAUGAGCAAUCAAUGUUCAUAUUUUUAUGCAAAAGUUAAAUCUAACAACGGCUUUUCUGUAAAAUUUGAGUAAAAAACGUUUUCAUUCUCACGAUGUCCGAUUUUCCCCCCUUGAUGUGUAAAUAUUUUUUAAAUGUAUUAAAUAGGUAUCCUCGCGAUUACUUACAUUAUGUUUUAAGGUUUUAUUGAAAAAAAUGUUUGGGUGGGCAUGGAAGAUUACUUUUCAACUUUGGCAAAAGCAUUGCAUUUAGAAGGGGAUGAAGUUUUGGGACCCGCAGUGAAACGAAAAUCGAGAAGAAGACGUCACGGACACUCCAUCAUCCCUCCUCCAGAGGCAGAAUAUGUGCCUAUUAAAAGAAAUGAUCUUGUGGCGUCAAGGGAUAAGCGAGGCAGAAGGACAAUACCCACAGAUUUUACUACAAUUCUCAUUUUUGCUGUACUUAUACUCUUAGUAAUUUUAAAUGUUAUGUUGUAUUAUAAGCUGUGGUCACUGGAGGAGGCGCCUCCUUAUACACUUUUAGAUCUUCACAUUUUGAAGUAGGUCAUAUUUACUUUUACAUAUUUAAAAUUGCUAAAACAGUAUACACAAUUUCAAAACUAUUAAUUGUUUUAAUAGGGAACCCCCCAAUUCCCAUGAAGAGUGGAUUAAACUGUUACAAAAACAAGAAACUCUUCAUACAAU